AAUAAAAAAACACUUUCAUAGGACAAGAACAAAAACAAAACAAAAAUGUUUGAAAACCAUGUAUGAAUGAAACUACAUAUGAAAGCAACUUAGAAAAACAUAUCUCUUUUGAUUAUUAUAUAGCUAAAAGAGAGAUGAUAAUGAAAUUGAAUACUCUUUAGUUUCAUCUACCAAUGAAAAAACCACCAACUUCAACUUUGCAUCAAUCAAACCAAAGGAAGAAAAAUAUUGGCACAAAUAGACACAAUCCUAAGGAUGAUGAUUAUGGUACCAUGACAAAUUUCAAGUAUGUUGUUAAAAAGAUUUCAGGUCUUUUCACAUUGAUUCUGUAUGGGAAAUCAAAAACAUCCUCAGAAGCUGUUGAACAUGAUUCUGCAAGGAAUAAUAAUAAAGUCAGAGGAGUAUCAUCUUCAACAGAUGUAUCAUCUGAAGGUUCUAAGAGUUCAUCAAAAUGGAAAUCUUCUCAUCCUUCAACACCUUCUAGCACUUCAAGUAAUCAAAUUGGAACUGGAAAUUUUUCAUUUGAAGAACUUUACAAGGCAACAGGAAAAUUUUCUCCGGAUAAUAAGAUUGGAGAAGGGGCGUUUGGGAUAGUGUAUAAAGGAAAGCUUUAUGAUGGAACCCUUGUGGCUGUAAAGUGUGCUAGGAAGGAUGUACAAAAGAAGCACUUGGCUGAGUUCAAGAAUGAAAUAAACACGUUAUCAAAAAUGGAGCAUCUGAAUCUUGUGAAAUGGCAUGGAUAUUUGGAGCAUGGAGAUGAAAAGAUUAUUGUUAUUGAAUAUGUUAAUAAUGGAACUCUUAGGGAACAUCUAGAUGGUGUGAGAGGAAAUGGACUUGAGAUUGGUGAGCGUCUAGAUGUAGCAAUUGAUGUAGCUCAUGCAGUUACACACCUUCAUAUGUACACAGAUCAUCCAAUCAUUCACAGAGACAUAAAAUCAUCAAAUAUCUUAAUAACAGACAGUUUAAGAGCCAAAGUAGCAGAUUUUGGUUUUGCUAGGUUGGCUCCAGAGGACCCUAAUGCGACUCAUGUUUCAACUCAAGUUAAAGGAACAGCUGGUUACUUGGAUCCUGAUUACAUGAGAACACGCCAACUCUCUGAAAAGAGUGAUGUUUAUUCAUUUGGAGUGUUACUUGUUGAAAUGAUGACAGGAAGAUAUCCAGUUGAACCAAAGAAACCCCUCGAAGAAAGAGUUACAAUUAAAUGGGCAAUGCAGUUAUUAAAACAAGGAGAAGAAGUGAUUGCAAUGGAUCCAAGGCUUAGGAGAAGUUCAGCCUCAAACAAAGCUGUACAAAAGGUUCUCAAGCUUGCAUUCCAAUGCCUUGCACCAGUACGAAGAUCGCGGCCAUCGAUGCAGAAUUGUGCAGAGGUUCUAUGGGACAUCCGGAAAGAAUACAGAGACAAAGUAUCUUCUCGUCCUCGCCUCGCUUCUCACCAUUCAGCAGAUUUUCCUCAGAAAGAUUCGAGAAAGAAUAGACGUAAGACAUUCGGUAUUGAAGAUGACAAGAAAUAUAAAUUUGUGUCUGCAUAAUUAGAUUCAUUUUUUAAAUUUGUUCAUUGAUUUUUUUUGAAGUAUUCAAACAGUCAAUUGCUAGUACAGUACAAGUCUUGUUUGUAUUAUGUUCAUUACUUGAAGCUAUUAGUUUCAUGAGAUUUUUUUCUCUUUUGUAUUUUGAAAUUCUCAAGGUUUUGGUUUGUUGAGAGUGGAAAGUAUGUUUUGAUGGCCUAUUUGAUGUGAGACUGUGAAACACCUCGUAAGACAAUCUUUUCACAA